AUGCGUGCCUUAAUAGAUCCUGGGGCCCAGAUGUGUUUGAUUUCUGAAAACGCCGCUCAACAGCUAGGGUUACCACGACAGCAAGAAAAAGGAGUGAUCACAGGAGUGGGCCUUAGAGAUAGCAAAUGUAAAGGCAUGCUGUAUGUGACCUGUUUAUCAUCAGAUGAAAAAUAUUCCUUCAACACCGAAGCCUUUAUUAUGAAGGAUUUAACAAGAAAAUUACCCAAUUUCACCUUCCCCAAAGCAAGAUGGGAUAUUUUGGAUACUUUACCUCUGGCAGACUACAAUUAUAAUGUCAACAACUCGAUCGAUAUAUUACUGGGUGCUGAAAUUUACGCAACUAUUUUGAUGCAUGGAAUGUACAAGCAUGGAAACUUAUCCCUUGUUGUACAAGAGACGCACUUAGGAUGGAUUAUAUGUGGGAGAGUACCGCAAAGCUUUCAAUGCAAUUUGGUGUUAAAUAACAUCGAAGACAUACAGAAAUUUUGGGAAAUUGAAGAUAUUCCAGCACAAACACUCAAUACCAAUGAAGAAGAUGAGUGUGUCAAAUACUACAAAGAAACAACAACAAGGUUGGCAGACGGAAGAUAUCAAGUACGGAUCCCUCUGAAAAAAGCUGGUCUACAGAAACUAGGCCACUCAAAAAGUAAAGCUGUGGCGCAAUUCCGGCAAUUGGAAUACAAAUUCAACAAAAAUAAACAUAUUGCGCAACAGUACAAGUCAUUUAUACACGAAUACCUAUCAAUGGGUCAUAUGACUAUAUCGCCGACUAAACAAUGGCGGAACGCACGUGAGGCACGUGAGGCGAGUGAGUGCUACUUACCACAUCAUUGCGUUUUAAGAGAAUCAAGCACCUCAGCUCUUCGGGUCGUAUUCAAUGGAUCAGCGAAGACAUCUACAGGAGUCAGCCUUAAUGAUAUCAUGCACAAAGGGCCUAACCUUCAAAAGGACCUUUUAUCGCUCAUCUUAAAAUGGAGACAGCACCGUGUAGCUUACAUCGCCGACGUCGAGAAAAUGUUUAGGCAAAUAUGGGUACAUCAAGAAGAUCAGAGUCUGCAGAAGAUUAUUUGGAGAGAUUCGCCAAACGAAAUGUUACAAGAAUACCAACUAACAACAGUUACCUACGGUCAAAAAGCUGCACCCUUCCUAGCAAUGAUGACCUUAAAACAAUUAGCCCAUGACGAAAGAUCAAACUACCCUGAAGCAGCAAAAGCGCUCGAAGAAAGUUUCUAUAUGGAUGACCUUCUUCACGGUUCCCAUUCCGUUUCAUCAGCCAAGCAAUUGCAGCAUGAAUUGCAAAAGCUACUACAGUCUGGAGGCUUUUACUUAAGAAAAUGGAUGUCAAAUUACCAAGAACUGGCCAGAACCGACAAUCAAGAUACUUCAGAUGAAAAUAACUACUACUUUAAAGAAAUGGAAUCAAGAAAAACAUUAGGACUCCAAUGGGACCCCUCUUAA